AAAUGAGUUCCAUUUAUACUAAAUAAUUUUACCUAUAUUAUGCAUUCAACUCGCUUACGUUUCAUAUGCUUAUAUAUUAUUAUUCAUUGUGUAUGUACAUGUGCUUGUGACAACACAUUAGGUAUGUAAUGCAUUAUUAUUGAUAUUUCAGUUAUAAAUAUGAUAAAAAGUCAACGUUCUAAAAGACGAAAAAUCAGGAAUGAUCUUACAAUGUUCAAUAAUAAUAACCCAUCAGAAAUGUAUUCUCGUAUAGAGUUGAUUACCACCACUGAUGAUGAGUUGAUAACCAGAAACUCUUUACCAUGUCAAUCCAUCCAAUCUAACGAUGCAUUAGUUUUAGAAUCGGAAUUAGAACCUGUAAUAUCAAAUUGUUUGCCCACAUCAAUAGUUACUGUUCCGAUAUUGACUGAAAUUACUGAUGAUCAAUCAGAAUCAGAUAAUAUUAAGGAUUUUAUUGCUUCUUGGGCUGUUCAGUUUAAAAUUCCUCAUACGGCGCUCAACGGACUUCUAUCUGGUUUAAAAAAACACAAAUGUUUCCAAAGCCUUCCUCUUGAUGCAAGAACUGUUUUAUGUACCCCAACUCAAAUUUCCAAAACUAUUAAAACUAUGAAACCUGGGAUUUAUCAUCAUUUUGGUUUGAUUUCUGGUAUUAAAAAAUAUGCUCUAGAAAAUUUAUCAGAGUUGAAAAUUGCUGUUGGUAUUGAUGGUUUACCCUUAAGUAAAAGUAAUGGAAAUCAAUUCUGGCCAAUAUUGGCGUAUAUUAUUUCGGAAUUUUCUACCAAAAAAGUAUUUCCUAUUGGAAUUUACUAUGGUCAAAGUAAACCAGAAGACAGCAAUGAAUUUCUUUCAGAAUUUGUUGAAGAAGCUAACGAUUUAAUAACAAAUGGAAUUAGUAUAAAUAAUGUCAUUAUCAAAGUAUCUAUAAGUUUUAUUUGUUGUGAUUCGCCAGCUAGAGCAUUUAUUUUACGUGUUAAAACACAUUCAGGAUUUCAUUCUUGUACCCGUUGUUUUAUUGACGGUGAUUAUCAAAAGAAUAGAGUUUGUUUUCCAUAUUCUAAUAGGAAAUCUACUUUGAGGGAUCACAAUUCAUAUAUAAAUAUGGUAGAUGACGAUUAUCAUACAUCAGAAUCUCCAUCAGUUCUAGCCAAGUUGUAUGAUUUUGAUUUAGUAAAAUCAUUCCCCCUUGACUACAUGCAUGUAGUUUGUUUGGGGGUAAUGAAAAAGUUAUUGUUACUUUGGAAAUCCGGACCUUUGAAAAUCCGUUUACCGUCCAGAGAUAUUAGAGAUCUGUCAAAAUCGUUAUUGGCAUUAAAUACCGAUAUUUCAUCUGAUUUUGUUAGAAAGAGUAGAAGUCUCUUUGAAGUUGGACGCUGGAAAGCUGUUGAGCUACGAUUUUUUUUACUUUAUUCAGGACCAGUUGUUUUAAAAGCUAAAUUAAAUGAUGAAUGUUAUUCUCAUUUUAUGUCUUUAAGCAUUGCUAUGAUCAUACUUCUUAGUCCAAAUC